GGGCCUGUCUCUUUAAGGGGGUUGGCUGUCAAUCAGAAAGCCCUUUUCAUUGCUGGAGAAGAGGACAAAGAUACUCAGAGAGAAAAAGUAAAGGAACGAAGAAGGAGACUGGAGAGACCAGGAUCCUUCCAGCUGAACAAAGCCACAAAGCAGACUAGCCAGCCGGCUACAGUUGGAGUCAGAGUCCCAAAGUCAUGGGUUUGUUAGAGUGCUGUGCAAGAUGUCUCGUAGGGGCCCCCUUUGCCUCCCUGGUGGCCACUGGAUUGUGUUUCUUUGGGGUGGCACUAUUCUGUGGCUGUGGACAUGAAGCCCUCACUGGUACAGAAAAACUAAUUGAGACCUAUUUCUCCAAAAACUACCAGGACUAUGAGUAUCUCAUCAAUGUGAUCCAUGCCUUCCAGUAUGUCAUCUAUGGAACUGCCUCUUUCUUCUUCCUUUAUGGGGCCCUCCUGCUGGCUGAGGGCUUCUACACUACCGGCGCAGUCAGGCAGAUCUUUGGCGACUACAAGACCACCAUCUGCGGCAAGGGCCUCAGUGCAACGGUAACAGGGGGCCAGAAGGGGAGGGGUUCCAGAGGCCAACAUCAAGCUCAUUCUUUGGAGCGGGUGUGUCAUUGUUUGGGAAAAUGGCUAGGACAUCCCGACAAGUUUGUUGGCAUCACCUAUGCCCUGACCAUUGUGUGGCUACUGGUGUUUGCCUGUUCUGCUGUGCCUGUGUACAUUUACUUCAACACCUGGACCACCUGCCAGUCUAUUGCCUUCCCCAGCAAGACCUCUGCCAGUAUAGGCAGUCUAUGUGCUGAUGCCAGAAUGUAUGGUGUUCUCCCAUGGAAUGCUUUCCCUGGCAAGGUGUGUGGCUCUAACCUUCUGUCCAUCUGCAAAACAGCUGAGUUCCAAAUGACCUUCCACCUGUUCAUUGCUGCAUUUGUGGGGGCUGCAGCCACACUGGUUUCACUGCUCACCUUCAUGAUUGCUGCCACUUACAACUUUGCUGUCCUUAAACUCAUGGGCCGAGGCACCAAGUUCUGAUCGCCUGUAGAAACUUCCCUUUCUCUAACAGCAAGGCUCUAACCACACAGCCUACAGUGCUGUGUCUCCCGUGUUAACUCUUUGCCUUUACCACUGACUGGCCCUCUUCUUACUUGAUGUGUGUAACAAGAAAGGAGAGUCUUGUGGUGAUUGAUGUCUCUCUGUGGACUCUCCCCUCUUAUGUUCCUUUUUUAGUCAUUUUGCUUCACAGCUGUUUCCUGCUAGAAAUGGGAAAUGCUUAAGAUGGUGACUCCACCACUACAAGUCACAAAGAAAUGGAGGCUCUACUUCAACUUUCAAGCAUCUCCUGAGGACCAGGGAGUGUUUUCUUCUCAAAGGGCACUUCCACUGAUGGAAACAAAGUGGAAAGAAAGAUGCUCAAUUAGUUUUAGAUGAUAAGGGACCAAAUAUAUUCUCCUUGGUGUGCAAAACAGAGAGCUCAGUCCUGUCUCCCUAUUACCACUGAAAAUAGAAGACAAAAAUGCCAGUAAAACAAUAAGAGCAUUUGCCCAAAUCUACCUAUUGCAGCUGGGAGAAGGGGGUCAAAGCAAGGAUCUUUCACCCAUAGAAAGAGAGCACUGACCCCAAUAGCGAAGGACUAUUUAAGCCCUAACUCAGCCAACCUUACUUACAGCAUAAGGGAGCAUAGUGUCUGUGUAGACAGAGGGGGCACCUGGCCUUACACCUCGUUAAAGAAGAGAAACAGGGUGUUGUCAGCAUUUUCUCAUUACCUUCUCCUUGAGAACAGCUACCAUGACAGCCCUGUGGUUUCCAAAGAGCUGAGAAUAGAGAAAAACUAGCUCAGAUGAAAAAAGACUGGCUUAAGUAACAGCAGUUGCUAGUGGCUAAUGGUGUAAAUGGAGCCAGCCCUCUGGUAGACAUAGGAUAGAUAACUCUUUGGAUAGCAUGUGUUUUUUCUGUUAAUUACUUGUGUACUCUGGCCUCUGUCAUAGCUUCACAAUGGUGCUCUUAUCAUAGGGUAUUAUCCAUUCAGUCAUUGUAGGUGAUUUGAAGAUCUUGAUUUGUUUUAGACUGAUGCACAUUUCACAUUUUCCAGUUUGUUUAUCACUUGGUCAGGGUUGUAUCAGAAAGGUCUGGAGAAUGAUCCUUUGAAUAUGAUUCUUUAACUAAUGAAAAUUGGACAUUAAACAUCACAAAUGAUAUGUAAAAUUGGCUAGUUCCAUACAUGUACUGGAAGUUUCUAUAAGUUAUUCUUCCUUUUGCAGAAACAGAUUUGGUGAAUUUUAAUCUCAAUUUGAAUAACCUAUUAUUUUAAUAAUUAGUCGGUUCUUUCUAGCUAGUGGGGGAUGAUUUAAUUUAACAAUGUUACCUUGGUGUGUUAAAGAGUCAGAUUUAACAUACAGGUUAUUCUUUCCUGGUAUAGAUCUCUAAACUGAAUACACCAGCUGUCAGCUAUUCGGUUGGCAAGUUUCCACAGAAAAGAAAAGGUGGAAAGAUUUUGAAACCAGGUUUCAGUCUUCCCUUUCUUGUUUAUUAACUUUGGGUUAAAAUAUAAAAGGCUGAUUGGUCAUUAUUGAAGGAAAGGUUUUAUGGGUAUGACUGUAGGCAGCUCUUUUGUUGUAAAGAGUUGUAUAUUUUUCUCCCAAAGUGGUUUCAGCAAUGUUUGAGGUGUAAGAUCCUUACAAAAAGACACUUGAUAUUUGUUUUUAGACCAGUAUACCAGAUAAGCUUCCAGGCUGCAUUGAGGGAGGAGAUGGAAAAAUUUCUGUAAGAAACCAAUCAAGAUCAAGGAAAGUGAAGUAAUCCAUACCUUGUGUUUUAUUUUGAUUUAAUAGUAUAACAAAUAACCAACUCUUUCCUGAAAACCUCCCAGGCAUACAUAUACACAUAUACACACAAAGAGGGUUAAUCAACUGCAAGAGUUUCCUUCAUUUCUGAUAUAGAAUUUCAAUUUUAACAUACAUAAAGGAUAAACUUUUAGAAACUUAUCUUACAAAAUGUAUUUUAUAAAAUUAAAGAAAAUAAAAUUAAGAAUGUUCUCAAACA